AGGUUAGCUACUUACAUUUGCAAAAGGGGUGGUCAGCAGGGGCGGACUGACCAUUUGGAAACUCGAGCACUGCCCGAGGGCCCGGGGUCAAUAGGGGGCCCCAUGAGAUGCCCCUGGUACCUUUUUCAUAGGCUUUUUUGAGUUUGGGCAAGGACACAGGGGCCCCAUGAUCCCCUAUUGCCCGGGGGCCCCAUGAGUUGUCAGUCUGCCCCUGGUGUCUGCCCCUGUGCCCCAUUUAAGGCAUCAGU